UUUCUGGCAUCCCACUGCAUCCCACUGCACUGCCAAACCAUGAUCGCCGUCAUCGCCGUCAACAACGUUAACAGCUGAGGUGUCUUCAUCGCUGUUUAUUCUUUCUUUUUCUAUCCUCACCUCAACCAAGCCCUUACUUGUGAAGACAACACAACAUUCCUCGUUCUUUAUCCUUCGCACUAAUCUUUUCCUUUCAUUCUUUCACAAUUCCUCUCCCCACUCUUCAACUUACAUUUUCCUCAUCUUCCACAGCACUCAUUACUUCGACAUCUCCAAGCCUAAUCUCAUUGCAAAAGAUUACAAAAGUAAACAAACGAUUACAGAAUUCAUGACACCAGCGCCUUCCUCUAGGAACAGGAGGUCAGCUACCCUGGCAAAUCCGCCAACAGGACCUCCACCCCCUCCUCCACAACAGGAUUACUACAACAACACUAGCGGCCAUGCCCACACUUACAGCAAUACUAGUCACUCGUCGCACUCGUCCUUUUCGUCACAGUCAGGACAACCUACUGUCACCGCUUCAGGCCAACUGAUCUAUCCUGGUGGACCUUUGCCUUAUGAUCCAUCUAGAGCUUCACUCUCCUCACCUCGACCAAGCCCUCUGAGUCACCCACGCUCAGUCCGAGAGCAAGAAACUUGGUCUGAUGGCAAUUGGAAAAGCAUUUUUGAUGCAGCUCUCGUAAAAGCUCAGCAAGCUGUUCAGCUAGACGAGUUACAGGAGACAGCAUUGGCGGCAAAUCUAUAUGCUCAAGCAGCCAAUGAUCUCGGUCGAGUCAUUCCCAUGUGCUCCAGUGAGAAGAAGAAGCAAUCGAUGCUUGCAAUUCAAGCAAUCUACCUCGACAGAGUCAGACAAUUGGAAGAGGCUGCAUUGAACAAAGUUGACGGACCACCUAUCCCCGCUUCCUUAUCUCAUCCUGGCGCCACAAACCAGGACCAUGAGGGCGACUACGAUCACCACUAUUCAAUCUCCCAUCAGUAUCCAUACCAGCAGUACCAACCGCAGGCAUAUCAGCCCCACGCUCUGCAGCAGCAUCAACAAUACCACCUUCAACAACCACAACAGGCCGAUAUACAGCAACGAGGCUAUCCUGUGGAAAAAGAAAAGGGCUUUCGCCUAUUCGGAAAGAAGCGUUCGAAAACCCAGUCCUCAGCUUCUCAUGCUCCGAACUUUGGACAUAUCAAUGGGGGUGACUUCAAUUCCCAACAUAUCAGUUUCAAUGAAGGUAGUAAUGGAUACGCUUCUAAUAAUGGCCAUACUACUGCAGUCGUUGAUUCAUACACUGUACCCUUCACCCCUCCGCUACAGGUAUCUAGUCCUCCAUCAGUUGUUGUUUCGCCCAUCUUCAUGAGCAACCCUCCUAUACAACAGAUUGAAAAGAAGCAAUCUUCAGAACCUAAUCAAUCACAGCAGGAGCAGACUACUAAAUCGUCCAAGUGGAGACCCUUUGGAAAGAAGAAGUCAAAAUCGUUUUCGAAUAACGAAACUUCUAAGGAUUACAAAAUGCAGCCAAAUGUUGUUCAAACAGAGCCUGUCUUCUCCAUUCCUCACCAACAGCAGCUAUCGCCACAAUACUUUGUCGACCCUGCAGACCAUACUGAUGCAUAUUCGCAACGGAAUUAUGCGGACUGGUACGUUUCGAACACACCAGACGAAGAUUAUGAUGAUGAGUAUGACGAGCAAGGUCAAUAUUUUGAUGAUAAUGACGAAGAUAUCGACCCAUACUACAUUGCAGACACAAAAGGUCGUGCACAAGCUACUGAGAAUCAGAAUACUGAAGAAGCUAUUUCUUCGACCGAAAAAGUGAAAAAAAGCAUCAAUUCACAUUCUUCAGAGGCCGAAGCCUACACUUCAAAACAUCAUGAGGAUACUAAUGACAAUAAUGAAGACAAUGAUGAUGGCGAGAAUAUAUAUCAAAAUAUCCCAGGCUCUUCAUUCUUAAAGGAAGGACAGCAACCACAAUCAUUUGACGAAGAAGGCGUUACAGAAGAGGCGCUAGGAGCGCAUGAGGGAGAACAUGAACACGCGAUGCAGGGACAGGAGCAAGAAGAAGGGCGGCAGCAAGAAGAAGGGCUAGAGGAUAUUGAACAAGGUCAGGGCUAUGAGCGGCAGUCGGCUGAUGUCAAUAUUGUGGCCCCAUUUAGAAGCGCCUUUACUGAGCAUAUAGGUGAGAUUGAGGCAAGGCCUGUAUCCUCACCGCAAAAAACCAGUCAUACACUAGAAAAAACGAAAUCAAAACGUACAUGGUAUGGCUUAAAGAAAAAGGACAAAGAAAAAGAUAAGGAGAAGAAUGUGGAUAGGGAUCAGGACCGCCUCGAGCAUGUAGCAAAACUUAUGGACGAAGCCAUGUUCGGUAACGUGUCACCACGCGAGCCAAGCAAGGGAAAGCUUCAUCCUAUGAGCAGCGUUGCUUCACUUGACAAAGUGAUUCCCCUUUCCGAUCUGAGGGAAGACAGUACCCCUUCAUCCGGUCAAUCAGCUCUUUAUGCUUUGGAGAAGCAAGGGGUAUCUCAGUCUCACAUCCAUGAGCUUCCGGAAGCGGAUACAGUGGAUGCAAUUACUGAGCAUAUAGAGGAGGCAGAUGUUUCUGUAGAAGCAAAGGUUGUUGAUAGGGCGAGUGAAGAUGGAAUGGGCCCUGCACCCCAAGAACCCGAUGGAAAAUUAAAGGAGACUGAAGAUGAAACAAACGAAAGCAUUUCACAUGAUGCACAAGAAGCCAUUGCUACGGAAGCCAAGUCUGUUGAAACAGAGACUUUUAAGCGAUCCAAGUCCCGCCACUUCAGUAUCUUUAAGAGUAAGAAGAACAAAGAUAUUGAGUCACAGCAAGCGAACGGGGCUUUGACCAAAACCCUUACGAAUGAAGACUCGAAAUCCAUGUACAGCCAACACACUCACCAAAGCGCUCAUAGCACUGAACGAAAAGCUUCUGUUACGGAUCGCAAAGCUAUCGAAAUGGCUGCGGCCUUGGCAGUUCGACCUAAGGACACGAAGAGAGAUAGCGAUGAAUACGUCCCUUAUGAAUACCAAGAAGAGGUUGAAGGUCCACUCAUGGAGAGAGUGGAGGUGAGCGAGGACCGCGAAAUUAUCGGUUUCGUGUUGCCCGUGGAAGAGGUCAUGGAUUAUACUUUGGAGGAAAACGAAGAAGCAGCACUCGAGAACUGGGAUUCAUGGGUGAGCCAGUUAGAAUCAUUUGAGAGGGUUCUCUCAAAUAAGGGUCUGAAGAAGGAGAAGGUCAAAAAAGCCAAGAAGGAUGUGAAACCACUGGAAGAAGAUGUCUUGGCUCCACUUGGGUCCACCAAGGCCAACCGCUCAAGCAUCUUCAGCCUCGGACGUUCGGAUACCGUCAAGGCACGCACUAGCACUGUAUUGGACCUCGAUACCACUAACUUAGAGAACCGCCCAUUGAGCACUAGCACAAUCCUUCUGGAUGACGUCUCUAUCAAUCGGCGAGCUUCGUUCCAGUCUUCGAAAUCAGGAGGCUCUGAGCCAUCAUCUCAGAUGGCCAAAAAGCAUUGGUGGAAUCCUAAACGCAAGGAGACUUCGUCAUUAUACCGUGUCUCCAGUACAUUCUCCAUGGCUGACCUAGAGCAAGAUCAGCGCUUGUCGUCACUAUUGUCGGAAGAACAAGUCAAGUCAAGCGAUGAUCUAACACUGAAUACACAAAUACUCUCCAUGCCCAUCAUCUUGUCUGAACCUUCAACCCCAGCUCCACAACUCUCCACUGAAGCUCCAGUAAUUGUAGAGAUAACGGCUGAACAGGAAACUCAGAAGCCAAAGCAGGAAGCUAAGGGCACACAGGACGAAGUGGAAGAAAUGGAAAUGGAGCAGAAAGAUAAUGAUGUGCCUAUUGCUCCAAUGCCUAAAGCCAAGGCUAAAAGCAACAAACCCAAGCUACUUCCCAUUUCUACACCUCUCCCUCAAUUACUCAAGCUGGAAAGUGCAGAAGAAUUAUGGCUUUACGUUCAGCAGGCGAAGACAUACGCGACGAGCCGCAUGAACAAAGGCGACAAGCGAUCUGCAGCCAUCGCUCUGAAGCGUGCUCAAGCUCUUGAAGCACGCUGGCAGGAAGUCUUACUGGAAAUGGCCUCAAGCGAUGAAGAUACUGAUGAGAUCCUAGAAGAUGAUGAAGAAAGUAGCGAAGAGGAAGUUGUAGUAGCAACAGUUAGGAAAGUAAAGACUGAGGCACCAGGGCAGGUUGAACCAACAACAACCCCGAUAUCUACCGCGCCAGCUAAACCAGUCGCUACUAAUAUUCAGGCGCCUAGUAAAAUUAAUAACAUUAAUGACAUGGAGGAUGAUGACGACGAGGAGGAUUAUACGAUGCAAAGAAGGAAGAGCGUAAUAAGCAGGAGCAGUAGUGUACCUGACAAGUACUCUAAAUACAAGGUCAACAAACUCACAUCAUCUGUCUCUAGCAACGCCAACAUCUCUACAUCGCUGGCGAUAGUGGCUGAGGAAGAAACCAAUGAGAAAGGGGAGCUCUCAGUCAAACCCUCAUCUUCUACUCCCUCAUCAGCUGUCGAUGGACGUCUGGGGUCCGAUGCGACUCUAGAACAGAUGCUCGAGACGACCAAUACUGACUAUUUGAAGUACUACAUCCAAAGGAUGAAGACAGACACAGUCGCCAAAGCACGUAAUGGAAGUAAAUUUGCUGCACUAGAGGGUAUGAAGGCCGUCAAAAUCCUACAGCAAAGGCUGGAUGAUUUGCUUAUGUCCAAGCAAAAACAGGACGGCAAAGACGAGGGGGAGGUAGAGGGAGAGGAGAAGAAAAAGGAGGAGGAGGAAGAGGGAGACGAAGAGAAGAAGGAAGAAAAGAAAUUACGCGAGGCAGAUGACCCCAUGGAUACUAAGCCAAAGAAUGUUGAUGAGACUGCAAAGGCUGUUGAGAUGAAAGAAGAAUAAUGUAGAAUCAAAUACCAUG